CUCUUUUCCGUUACCAAGGCGCUCUCGAGGCAAACAGUAGCUUUGGUAGCCAUGCUAGCAAAUCUGCGAGAUAAUCUCAUAGCUAUGAUCUAACCCGUGUCCAGCCUCUUCACUGUGGCGAAUAUAAGUGCCCGGGAGUUCAGGAGAACCCUCGACUCCAACGUGUUACGUCUGCUGUCUAAUCUGUGGCCUACAUUAGACUCACACAUUCUCCACUCUCUUCUUUGGACCACAGGCUAGCUAACUUAGUUCGGCUAACACCACUUCCACAGCCGUCAUGGCUGAAUUUGGUUUUAACGAACACCAUCAGAAUGAAGUCAUCAAUUACAUGAGGUUUGCACGUUCAAAAAGGGCCCUGAGACUCAAGACAAUUGACUCGUGCUUUGAAGAGCUGAAGGAGAGCAGGCUGGUGGAGGAGACGUUCACCGUGGACGAGGUGCGGGAGAUGCUGGACGGGCUGCAGGUGGUGGUGCGCGGGGAGGUGGAGAUGGAGCUCAUCAACACGGCCCACACCAAUGUCCUGCUGCUCCGCCAGCUGUUCUCCCAGGCGGAGAAGUUUUACCUCCGACUGCAGAGCGACAUCUCAGAGCUGGAGAAUAGGGAGCUGUUGGAGCAAGUAGCUAAAUUUGAGAAGACCGACUUCAAAACCGCCGAUAAGACAAGCCAGGAAACAAGCAAACCCAAGCUCGCACCUCUGAACGAGGGCGGCGUGUCUGAACUUCUCAACAAGGAAAUCGCAAGACUACAGGAGGAAAAUGACAAGCUGAAAGCCAGGCUCCGCACUUUAGAGUCUCAGGCCAUGAGUGCAUUAGAUGAAAGAAGCAGGGCGGAGAGAGCUUUGAAAGACCUCCAGAAGGUGCAAGGUGAACAACAGCUGGCCGCUCAAUCCCAGGAGAUCAACAGUCUGGAGGACACGGUGGCGGCUCUGAAGGAGGACUACCAGAGGUCUCUCAGUGCCAACGCUGCAUCCCAGAAAGAUUUGCAGGAAAACCUGAUCUCUGCCAAACACGAGCUUCUGCGAGUGCAGGAACAGCUGAGCCUGGCAGAGAAGGAGCUGGAGAAGAAGUUCCAGCAGACUGCAGCCUAUCGCAACAUGAAGGAGAUCCUGACCAAGAAGAAUGAGCAGAUCAAAGAAAUUAGAAAACGAUUGCAGAGGUACGAGCCCAAUGAAUGAGUUGUUCCCGGACAGCUGCUUUAACAGAGGUCCACCAGGGAAGACGGGACCGGAACGCGUGGCUGCGGCUUGGACAAGAACCACCAGUGAUCGGCUUUAGUGCGGAGGCGGUGCGGGGAAAGUGGGACGCGCUCCAAUGUAGUGGAGACAAAACGAUAACCUUUUAUCAGCCGUGCUUUUCAUUUCUGUCCGUCUCAGUUUGGAGCUCACCCUCAGCAGCCAGCAGACCCCCCCCCUCAGUGCUCUAUGCAAACACUAACUCGUCCCUGUUCAGAGGCCUUGUCCGUUCGCUGACUUGGGCAGAUGUGUUCCGUCUGCCUGAAGCUUUGCAGUCUUCUCUCUCAGAGGGUUACGGCUACUGUUUAGCUUUCCUGCACCAGGUAGUUGAUUACUGAUGGGUUUUCUUUUUUGAUGAGUUUUAAUUUCAUUAGAUUUUUUUUUUUUUGCUGUGGCAGAUCUGCAUUGGAUCACUUCCAAGUCGACUACAGGCCAAUUCAGCAACAAUCAGCGUAACAGUAAUAAAAAAAGAAGUGUGUUGACUCCUUGAGGGUACUUCUGCUUUUAUUUAUGACCUAACCUCUCAUUAAUAUUUCACACAAGAAUAUUUCCAAUCAGCUUGCAUUGUAUGGAAGUAUCAUCAUUGAAAACACAUUAAUUUAUUGUUUUUUUUUUCCUGCUGUUGCAUAUUAAAUGCCAUGGAUCGUGAUCUAGAAUGACUUCCCUCCUCAGAGGGCCUAGCAUAUUUUGUCUGGAAUUACCGUGUUCUUUUCGUAUAACUGUGGGUGAUGAAGUAUCAGAGGAAAUGAAAUCUAAUAUCCAUGAUGUUCAUGAAGUAAUGCUCUUGUAGAGUAUGAUACGUCAGCCCUCUACUGUACUAGGUGUGCAUUUGUUUGUAUCGUGUAAAGUAUGGGGUAAUAAAAGCUGGUACCAAAAGUG